AAGUGCUCACAAGUAAAAGUCACGAGUAAAUAUAUUCUUUGGUAAAAGAGCUCUGUGGUUUUAACUUUUUAGGAGUAGUUUGAACUCGUAGUAAAGUUACAACUAUUUAAUUUAAAAGUAAAUAAAAACGGGAAGAAAUAAAAAAAAAGAGUACAUAUUAUAUGUAUUCUUUGAUGUAAUGCUCCGAGGGAUAUAUAAUCCGUAACCGUAAUUAACUAAUCCGUAUUAUUACCCAUUUACCAUUAGAAAACUAAAGAAAAUAGCUAAUUUCUCUUUGACUUUGUUUAAAGCUAGAAACCUGGGCUAAAAACAGCAUGAUUUAAUAUAUAAAUAUCGUACUUCGUAAGUUCGUAGAUAACUGUUUGAUUGUAAAUUGCGUAUGGUAGAACUAUGUCUAGAAACUGUGAUGAAGAUUCUGGUCGAAGUUCGUGUUCGGCUGCAUCUUUUGCUAUGAGUCCAGUAAUUGAUCAAUGUGGGGAGAAUCAAUAUAAAAUAGAAAGAAAUAAUAAAACACAAUCAACAAAAAGUGUGUUAGUGGUAAGCACUGCACCCAGAGAUAAUAGCCUUAUUAAAUCUCCCAAUGAAAGAGAUCCAUUCCCAAGUUGCCGAAUUUUUAGUAAAAAAAGAAACACAGUUCUUAACUUCUUUGACAUGCCUAGAUAAGGGGGUCUUAGUAAUGCUCAUUCAUCUGUUGACAUUAUUUGUAGCACACAAAUAGAAAAUACUUCUGUAGGAGAAAAUACCUCAUCUAUGAAUACUUUAAACAAUGACAAAAUAAAUAAAAAUAAGCUAAGUAAUUUUAAGAGAACUAAGCCUGUACAGCGGGCUGCCUCAAGACUAUAUAAAACUGAUACUUUGAAAGGAAAAGAAGCUUGCAUUGGACCAGAGUUUAUUGUGAGGGCAUCUCAGCCAGUUAAAUGUAUGGAUUUGACACUUUCAGCUGUUUGUGAUAAAAGAAUAAUUACUGUAGUACUCUUAAAUGGACAAAAAGUUAAUGUAUUAUGUGACCCCAAUAUCAUAACAGCUGGACAAAUAUUUGAAGCAUUAGUGCAUAGUGAAAAAUUUGAACACAAUUUUAUGCUUGGAAUAGCAAUCUUGCUUGGUGGUGAUUUUGUAUUUCUUCCUGAUGAUUAUAAAAUAAAAAAAAUUGCACCAGAUAAUUGGCAUAAAAUGAAUCACAAACGAAACAAAAAUGUUGAUGACAAUGUAUCAGUUACAAUGUUUUUAAGGAUUAAAUUUUUUCUGCCCAAAAAUAUUGCCACUAAUAUACAAGAAGGUGAAUGGAGGUAUAGAGUAUAUUUACAACUCCGACGGGCCACAGUUGAAGGACAAAUGAUUUCAACAAUUCAAAAUCUGAUAUUACUAGCUGGAUAUGCACUUCACAUAGAAUUUGGAGAAUUUUCAUAUAGAGAACAUGGUAUUGCAGACUACUUCUUAUUAGAGCAUUACUUGCCUGAAUUUUUAAUCACCACAGACAUGGCUGAUGUUAAAUUACGAAUGAAAAGGGCACAUGAGUCUCGAAGGGGUAUUGACAGAAGUAGAGCUAUUAUUAACUAUAUUACACUUGCACAAACAUUUCGUCAAACUCUUGGAUUCGUGACAGAAAUUAAAAAUAAGUGA